UUGAGGGCCGCUUCAGAGUUGGGGCUUCUCAGCCAUGUGGGAGCACACUAAUGCCUCCUUAGGCCUCUGAGUUGCAGCAGCAGUGAGUUAGAGCAGCUCUGGAAACUCCCGCCACACCACACCCCCAAAGACAUGGGACCGCCCCCUGGGCUGUUCAGAGCAGCGGUGUGCCUGAGUCUCUGCCCUGGGAUGAGAGCAGAGCUGAGUUGAUUACUGCCAGGUGGGGAGAGCCAACCGCUGCAAAGAAGCACUGCAAAUUACCAGCAGGUGCUGCUCAAACGGACCUGUGAGGACAGACUGCUGAGUGUCACCUCAGGACUGCAGGGUGACAAGUCUGCCUCUGGUUCUCUCAUUAUUGGAUCCCGAGACAAUAGAAAAAUGACUUCCCAUGACCAAAAGGCUGUCACUCGCAGACCCAAGGUGGCUCCAGCCAAGAGGAUGAGCAGGUUCUUGAAGCACUUCACAGUGGUUGGGGAUGAUUACCACACGUGGAAUGUCAACUACAAGAAGUGGGAGAAUGAAGAGGAGGAGGAGGAGCCUGCGCCCACAUCAGCGGAGGGUGAGGGCCGUGCUGUGGGUGCAGACGCCGAGGCUGGCUCUGUCUCCACGCCCAGGCCGUCCCUGGACUUCAGGAGCAGGCUGAGGAAACUCUUCAGUUCCCACAGGUUUCAGGUCAUCAUCAUCUGCCUGGUGGUCCUGGACGCCCUGCUGGUGCUUGCUGAGCUCCUUCUGGAUUUGAAGAUCAUUGAGCCAGACGAGCAAGACUAUGCAGUCACGGCGUUCCACUACAUGAGCUUUGCCAUCCUGGUCUUCUUCAUGUUGGAGAUUUUCUUUAAAAUCUUUGUCUUCCGCUUGGAGUUCUUCCACCACAAGUUUGAGAUCCUGGACGCCAUCGUGGUGGUGGUAUCUUUUGUCCUUGACCUUGUCCUACUGUUUAAAAACCACCACUUUGAAGCUCUUGGUCUGCUGAUCCUGCUUCGGCUCUGGAGGGUGGCACGGAUCAUCAAUGGCAUCAUCAUCUCAGUAAAGACACGCUCGGAGCGGCAGAUCCUAAGGUUAAAGCAGAUCAACAUCCAACUGGCCACCAAGAUCCAGCAUCUGGAAUUCAGCUGCUCCGAGAAGGAACAAGAAAUCGAGAGACUCAACAAGCUGUUGAGACAGAAUGGACUUCUCGGGGAUGUGAACUAGCCUUCCAGACACUCCACCUGGAGUAGCUGGGCUGUUGCCAGAGGGCAAGUGUGCAGUGCGAAGUCCAGUCCCCAUCUCUGCCUUAGCUCGCACCCCUGGAUGCUGGGGACACAUCCUCACUGGCACUGCUAUCUCCUUGGCGUCCACACCCUACACCUGCAGCAAAGGAAUCAUCCCAGCCUUUCCUUUUCUCAAGCUGGACUCUACUGUUGCUUGAAAAUGAUCCAGGAGGCUGGGCUUGUAAAACCAGCUUGAUGCACAUUCUGACAGGAGCUGGAGUUAGCACUCUGUACCAGCCCAUUCUGAAAAACCUUUCUUUACUAGAAGGUCCCCAGCUUUUCCUGCUGCAUUUCCUAGGGGAGUCAUCAUGGUACCCAGCUCCUCCUCUGCAGCAUCCAGCUGUACCAUCAGCUUCAAAUCGGCUCUGCACCCACCAGCAUCUCUUUCAAUUACUGUACAAUUACUGUAUAAAAUAAGCAUGCUCCUUCCCCGGGGCUCACCCACCACAUUCUCUCCUUGGUGGCAGCCCACACCAGCCCACCAGUUAUACCGCCAGCACACGGCAGGGCCCCAAGACUGCUGUGUAAUUAGCAUGAUCUUGGGGUACAAUCCCCUUGUGGGCACAUGGUUUUACACAGCCUUUUGCUGGUCUGUACUUCUCAAAUGCUGACAGGCAUUCUGAAGACAACUCCCACUAGACCAGGGAUGAUGCACCUCAGAGGCUCUCCAUGCAUUGCUACGUCAGGCUCUGUUCUCUCCCAUCUCCCAGAGUGACGUGGCCUUUGACCUGUAUACAGGUGCUGGACCCAUCUGACCCAACACUGUAGGCCAGCAGAGUAAAGUCUCUGAGAGGGAAAAGGCAGUGGAGUGGGGCAGAGGGCUGCACCAAGGGGAGGUGGCAGCUAGGUUCAUGUCCUCUUGAGCCAGGGGCCCAGGUACCCGGUACUGCAUUAGUACCCUCCAGGAUGGGUACUCACUCCUGCAGGGCCACCUCAUCACACAAAUGGAAAGAAGAAGCUGAAGGGCAGCCUGGCGUUGAUGGUGGGCGGGGCUCGGAAGCCUGCCUCUGCAGGGGCUGACACAUCCACAAAUGUCACCACAGUGGAAAUGACGAUGGUCCUCUCAGGCCCUGGGAGGGGCUGUAAGGAAAAGACAGAGCCGACACCCUCACCAUCUUUCUCACUCAGCUGGCCGGAGUGUGGAAUCUCUAAGGCACACUGCGGCUGAAGAGCACGCUGCUACAGAUUACGCUGGUCCAACAGCAGCAACCACAGUUCAGUGUUCACAAGAAUUGUGACUGCAAAUAAAACCUGUCAGCCUUUUCCUCUAAGUACUAGUUAAAGAAUGAUCAUGAAAUUGUUUUAAGACUCAAAAUCAAGUUAGGCAUGAUGGCACAUGCCCAUUAAUGCUCAGAAGCCUGAGGCCAAGGGUCAGUUUGAGACCAGCCUGGGCUACAUGAGAAGACCUAGCAGGCACAGCAGCAUGUGGGAGCUGUGAUGUGAGGAUGGCCAGCUCAAGCCCCAGCCCACUGUAAAGGAACUGAAAUCCAAAGAGAAAUAAUCUUUCAUCUCAUGUAAUAAACUUUUCCCAUCACC